AUGGUGCAGGCCUGGUACCUGGACGACUCCGCCGCCGACCCCCGCCGCCCAAACCGCGCCGAGCCCGCCCGCCCGGUGGGCCUGGAGCAGCUGCGCCGCCUCGGGAUCCUGUACUGGAAGCUGGAUCCUGACAGACACGAGAGUGACCCUGAGCUGGAGAAGAUCCGGAAGGAGAGACACUACUCCUGGAUGGACAUCGUCACCCUCAGCAGAGAGGAGCUGCCCGACUACGAGGAGAAGAUGGAGAUGUUCUUCACGGAGCACCUGCACGGGGACGAGGAGGUCCGCUACGUGCUGGACGGCAGCGGCUACUUCGACGUGCGGGACGCGGAGGACCGGUGGGUCCGCAUCGCCGUGGAGAAGGGCGACCUGAUCACCCUCCCCGCCGGCAUCUACCACCGCUUCACGCUGGACCAGCAGAACUACGUGAAGGCCAUGCGGCUGUUCGUGGGAGAACCGGAGUGGACGGCGCACAACCGGCCGGCGGACCACGUGGAGGCUCGGGGCCAGUACGUGGCGUUCCUGGCGCAGAGCGCAUAG